AAUUACGAUAGAUAUGAUAGUGGUAGUGGUGUAUAGUUUAUUAUUAUUUUUGAAUAAGUAUUAUCUUUUCUUUUCUUUUCCCAGUAAUUAUCUACAAAUUAUUCUAUAUUCUAAUAUUUCAAGUUAUGCAGUUUCGUGCAUCAUUAAACUAUGAUUAAAAAUACAAAGUAUCUGCUGGAAUUCGUUGCAGUUGAAAAGUGUUAUGGAGUCUCUUGGUGACGUCGCGUUAUAAAAACAUUCAAAAGUAUGUUGAUACUUUCAUGGCCUCGAUAUUGAAUAUUGGGCAUCUGUAAACCUUAUAUUGCAAUUCAUUUCCUCGUAUUUAAAGAUUGGAACUUUCAUCCAAGCAUCGAUUCAUUCUUGUUGGCGUUCAUCUUUGCAGCUAUGGAUCAAAUCAAAUCUCAAAUCAUCACCGUUGUUAACACGGUUGAUAAAUUGAACAUGCAAGAACGCUUAGAAGCAGUCAGCUACUUACAGAAGAUUACCGAAGCAUACAAAAGCAAAUCUCUAUGUUCAGAUUCACCUGUAAACGCUGAAUCUAAAAAUCUCAUAAAGAACUACAAACACAAAUGUCGUAAUCAUCUGUGCUUCACGAAUAAUGUAAAACAUUUGAAGAAAAUCGUGUGUUUCAAAUGCGACAAACGUUUGGAAAGCGAGUUCCAAUUAUUCGAUCAUUCUCAGACGCAUUUAGAUUAUCCAUUAUCGUGUUUACUAUGUCGGUGUAUAUUUCGUAACGUCGAAGAUUACAAUAGUCAUAAAGCGACAGAUUGUAACCAAAACAGAGGUCGAUAUGUGUGCAGAGUUUGUCAUCAUUCGUUCCCAACGAAGAAGACUUUUCAGUCGCAUUCUCUAGAUAACCACGGAAUGAAAUUGUACGAUAAUUGGUACGGAUGUAAAUUAUGCCAAGAGAUGUUCGAGCAGAAAAAGUUACUGUAUCAUCAUUAUAAAGAGGCACAUUCCGAGAUGAAAUGCCAGUUUGAGAAGAAUGGCGUCAAGGUUGCUAAUUCGAAAAUAGAUUCUCAACCUAAAGAGAAAUUAGUGGUAAAUGGGAACGAAACGUCGAACGAUGAAGAUACAGAAGACAUGGAGAAGUUUCAGUGUGUUCAUUGCGAUAGGACUUUCAGAAAGAAGUCGUUUCUUAGCGUUCACAUAAAGCGUCAUUUAUAUGCAGGGGAUUCGGAAUUCGUAUGUAAAGUAUGCAAGAAAACGUUCACCGUGUAUCGUUACUACAAACGUCAUCUUCAAAGCGUGUCGCACCAGAACAAAAAUGGCGAAGAUAAUCCUAUCUUCAAAUGUGAUAUUUGCAAGAAACUGUUCUCCAGUCGUGACUCGUUAUCGCGACACCAACUCAGGACACAUUUCACCGGCGAUAAAAGACUGAAAUGCCCGUUAUGUGAUUUUAAAACAGCUUUGGCUACUAGUUUAAGCAGACAUGUCAACUUACACACCGAGAAUAGGAAAUUCAUUUGCGAUCAGUGCGGUUCGUGUUUUCAUACGUUGUCUGCCUUGAAAGAUCAUACGGUUUAUGUGCACUCGAAUGAACGUAACUACAGUUGUGAAAUAUGCGGCCAAAGGUUCAAGUUGAAAAGUGGAUUAAAUCGACAUUUCAAGACGCAUUCUAACGAGAAAGAAUUCAAAUGCUUUUGUGGACAAGUUUACAAGUUUCGUACGAAUUUAAGGAGACAUUUGUUGACCGCUCACAAAAUAACUGGAAAAAAGAACAACGUAACUCGCGUUACAACCGAAGAAGAAGGCUACGCUUUGAACUCGCCGAAAGUAGUCAAACAACAGAAAAACAAACAAACGAAAGACAUCGUCGACACGACAAAUCAACUGGACGAAUUUGACAUUACCUCGUUGAGCGGUUUAACCGACGUAGACUUAUUAUGCGCCGAUGAGGUGCUCUGCGACACGUAUAACUUUUCGAAAUCAUCCAAUGGAAGUGUAGAAUCCCAGGAAAGUUUGAAUUCCAUCCUGGCACCAGCUCAAGUUGUCGAUCACGUCUUACAACAAGCCACCGAGCAAAAAUCAUCCAUCAUGGAUCCGAAACACUACGACAUGUUGGCCCAAACGUCGGCCGCUAAUUACGUCGAUAAUAAUUUGCCACCGAUGAAUUUCCGUUCAUUCUCCUGUCGCCAGUACUUGCCACAGAAUUUCGGCGAUGUUCUGAAUGCCGAAUAUGCUUCUCAAAUGGCUUCUACGAGUAGUAAAUUCGAUAACCAGUAUCUCAGCGCUUCGUUCGAAGAUACUAGUGGCAUGAUGGAAAACGCAUGUAAUCGUCAAUACGCUUCUAAUUAUUUAUCGGUGCCUGAAAUACCAGUCGACGAUGAGAAUACAUUUUCGUACAGUAAAUGGUUAAAUGAAAUUUAAACGUGUUGGUAAAUAAUACCUAUUCUGCAGUAUUAAGCGCUUUAUCUACUCAAUAUGAUUAACGGAAUUACACCGAGUGAAGAUUAUUCUUUGGAUGAAAAUCGUAUCUGUUAAUAGAUCAUUUUACCUGGAUUUUCGAUGACGAUACGGCUGGCCGAUUCGUGAAUUUUUUUCACACGAUGAGAAGAAGAGAAUGCAUAAAUUGACGUCGUUUCAACUGCGCCUUCAAAUUUUGCGAUGUGUUUAAAAUGACGAUAGUUCGAUGAAAUGACAUUAUUUUAUUUCACAUCUUCGACAUGUGUUUUAACAGUUGUUUGAACAAAUGGUACAGCUUUGACUAUAAUUAAGUACCCCUUCAAAAUCGUUCGACAGUAGUGGGAGGGGAAAGAGGAGUUUGCUCUUGUGUAUACGAUUUUUCUCUUACGAAUUACGAGACUUCUCUUGACUAUUGCAUUUUUUAGAGAUUCUGAUCGCGAUUAUUGUUGAUCAUGUUAAUCGAGGUGGUUUUAAUAAUGAUGCUACAAAAAUAAAAGGAAAUAUGUACUUGAAACGAAACUAUGUUUUACCACUGAAUUAAUUCCGUUUCAUUUUUUCGUGUAUGAUUUUGUGUUACUAUUUUAAAUAUUAUGUACUUGUGAUAUUAUUGCGUAUUUUUUGAGUAAAGUAAAUUUCGUUUACGUUGA